AUGCGGCUCUCCCAGCUCUGCUCCACUUUCCUGGCCCUGCAGGGCUGUCCUGACGGGCUGAGCAGCCCGGAGGUGCUGCCCCUGCUCCCGGACUCCACCUCCGGCCCCUCCGGAGCCUCCAAUGAGCCCCGGGGGCGCAGGGCUGCCCUGCCCUGCCCUGCCUUCCCUUCCCUCACCCCCUCCUUCGUCUAUCUAAAAAUGGGAGAGACCAGCCGGGCCGCCGGGCCUGGGCUGCCUUCCUCCCCUUCUCCUCCUCCUCGCUCCCCGCGCUCCGCCUGCAGCCCCGCGCCGCCGCUCGGGAAAGGGCCCGGCGGGGACAUCGCUGGGCAUCUCACCUUCCCCCUGCUGUCUGUCACCCUUCUGGUAUCCUUCGGCUCCUCCAUGCUCUAUGGCUACAACCUUGCUGUGGUGAACUCGCCGGCAGAGCACAUAAAGGCUUUCUACAACGCCACGUGGUCCCAGCGCUUCGGACACGGGCUGGCCCCCGGCCCCCUGACCCUCCUCUACGCCCUGACCGUCUCCAUCUUCGCCCUGGGCGGGCUGCUGGGCUCCUUGCUGGUGGGGCUGCUGGUGGAGCAGUACGGCAGGAAUGGAGCUCUGAGCCGCAGCGCUCUCCUCGUCCUGCUGGCCGGCGGCUUCAUGGGCUUCAGCCGGGAGCUGGGGUCCCCCGAGAUGGUGAUCGUCGGCCGCGCCAUCACGGGGCUGCACUCAGGUAUCUGUCUCAGCGUGGUGCCUCUCUACCUUGGAGAAAUCGCUCCCAAGAACCUGCGGGGAUUCCUGGGCCUCAUGCCCAGCAUCUUCAUCUGCCUGGGGGUUUUCUCUGCCCAGGUCCUGGGCCUCCCAGAACUGCUGGGCAAGGACAGGUUCUGGCCCCUUUUCCUGUCAGUGGUGGUUGUUCCUGCCUCCCUCCAGCUCCUGCUGCUGCACUGCUUCCCUGAGAGCCCUCGGUACCUGCUGAUAGAGAGAAACGAUGUCUGUGGGGCCACCAAAGCACUGCAGCGGUUCCUGGGCACCCCCGAUGUGCAGGAUGUGAUGCAGGAGAUGAGGGAGGAGCAGCGGGCGCUCUCCUGCAUGGAGAUGGUGUCGGUGUGGCAGCUGCUGCGGGAGCGCUCGCUGCGCUGGCAGACGCUCUCGGUGGCGGUGCUGAACGCCGGCAUGCAGCUCUCGGGGAUCGAUGCCAUCUGGUUUUACACCAACACCAUCUUCGAGAACGCCGGGAUCCCCGCGUCCCAGAUCCCCUACACCACCAUGGGAACCGGCGCCAUCGAGGUCGUUGCAGGGCUGAUCGGGUGCUUCACAAUUGAGAGGGUGGGCAGGCGGCCCCUCAUCAUCACCGGCUUCUGUGCCAUGGGUGUCUGCUCAGCUGGCAUCACCAUCUCCCUGCUGCUGCAGGCUGCCCUGCCCUGGAUGCGCUACGUCAGCGUCGCCUGCGUGGUCGGCAUCAUCGCUGGCUUCUGCAUGGGACCAGCCGGUGUCCCCUUCCUGAUGACAGCUGAGCUCUUCAUGCAGUCGCACCGCCCGGCUGCCUACAUUGUGGGGGGCUCCCUCAACUGGCUCUGCAACUUCACCGUCGGCUUCAUCUUCCCCUUCCUGCAGAUGUCAGCUGGUGCCUUUUGCUACCUGGUUUUCUGUGGUGUCUGCCUGCUGGUGGCCCUGUACGUCUACCUUGUCAUCCCUGAGACCAAGAACAAGACCUUCAUGGAGAUCAGCCACAUCUUCGCCACGCGCCGCUCCGUCCUCUCCGCCCCAGCCCAUCUCAUCGGCAUGAUGAAGCUCGAUGGCUAUGGCACCUUGGAGAGCAGCUCCCUGGAGGGCUCAGGCUCCAGCCUGCCCUGACCUGAGUGGGGGUGGUGGAGGAAGGGCUGGGGAAGGUUGUGGGGUCAGUUUGGUCCUCUGGUUCUCUCUGGUUCUCCCAGGACAUCUCUCCACGGCACAAUCUGCCCCCAGGAUGAGCCCCAUUGAUGCACCAAGGUUGCUCUAACUGCUGGGCAUGACCCCCAUGCUGGAAGGGAUGUCCCCACAGAGCCAAGGGGACCUCCUGAGGCAGGGGGUUCUCAUUGUUCCUGGGUGUGGGGCCUUGCAAGAGCUUCUGGCAUGAGCUGCUUAAUAAAGAGCAUUGCC